GCGGGGGGGUGGAGGGCGUGGCCGGCGGGAUCUGCGCGCUGAUUGGUCGAGGGGCGCGGCUGUUGAGUGAAUGGCAGGGGCAGGUUGGUUACCGGGGUAACCGGGGGCGGGAACGCAGCUGCUCCCUGCAGGCGGGCUGCUGAUAGUUUAAAAGCGCUGUCAAUCAACGUCCAGGCGGCAGAGGGGCGGCGGUGCCGGUUUUUGAUAGGUUGAAUCAGCUGUCAAUCAAAGACAAAGCCCGGCGAGCGCUUCUCCUAUUGGCUGUGGGUGCUCCCCUGCGGCAGAGCCCGGCGGAAGCGGAAGCCGCCGGUGCAGCCACGGCGGGAGGGAUGAAACCGGCUCCGGGGCGGCGGCGGCGGCUCCCGGCACUGCCCGUGCUGCUGUUGAUGGUGCUGUUCCUGCCCUUCCUUCCCCUGGAAGCUACAGGCACCAAGGAUCCCAUCAUCCCGCUCCAGGAGGGCCACGCGUCCCAGCACAACGAAUCCCAGCGCUUCUGCUACACCAACACGCGCGUCCCGCGAUGGAACGACAUCUGGACCAGGACACAGAUCCGCGUCACCAGCAGCCGGAUGAUCCGCGUCUCCCAGGUGGACAGCGAGGAGGAGCUGGAGAGGUUCAGCGUGUGGAACGUGCUCUUCUCCUUCCUGCGGGGCAAGCUCAACGACACCAGCAUCGACGUGGACCUCUACAGCAACAAAACCUGCCUCAAGGUCGAGCUGCUGGAGCCCGGCACCACCUACUCCGUCGUCCUCGUCCGACGCUUUGAUCCUAAGCUGUUCCUCGUUUUCUUCCUGGGCCUGCUGUUGUUUUUCUGCGGGGACACGCUGAGCAGGAGCCAAAUCUUCUACUACUCGGCCGGGAUCAGCGUUGGCUUGUUGGCCUCGCUGCUCGUCCUCGUCUACAUGAUGUCCAAGGUGAUGCCCAAGAAAAGCCCUGUGUACUUCCUGCUGGUGGGAGGCUGGUCCUUUUCCCUCUACCUGCUCCAGCUGAUCUUCAAGAACCUGCGGGAGAUCUGCAAAUCCUACUGGCAGUACCUCUUAGGUUACCUGCUGCUCGUGGGCCUCCUGAGCUUCGCCGUGUGCUACAGGUACGGCCCCUUGGAGAACGAGCGCAGCAUCAACCUCCUCUCCUGGGCCCUGCAGCUCCUGGGGCUGCUGCUGAUGUACUCGGGCAUCCAGAUCCACCCCAUCGCCCUGGGCCUGGUGCUCGUGGCCGUCUGCACCAAGAAUUUGGAUUAUCCCCUGCAGUGGGCUUUCGCUGCCUACCGGAGGAUGCAGAGUUCCAAGCUGGGCCCGAGCCCCCCUCGGCUGCUGUCGGAGGAGGAAUAUCGUCUCCAGGGCGAGGUGGAGACCCAAAAGGCCCUGGCAGAGCUGCGCAGCGUCUGCCGGAGCCCCGAAUUCUCUGCCUGGACCACGGUGUCCCGCAUCCAGUCUCCCAAAAGGUUCGCUGACUUUGUGGGUGGCGCUUCCCACGUCACCCCCAUGGAGGUGUCCGCCCACGAGCGGGAGUUUGGCCUGGCAAGCCUCUCCAUCGAUGAGCAGCUCUUCGAGGAGGAUGAUGAUGAUGAGGAGGAGGAGGAGGAGGUGGAGGAAAAUGUCCAUGAUUCCUUUGCUGGGAAUUGCAGGAGCGAUUCCCUGCCCCACAACCAUCUGGAUGUUCAGUGAGGUGCCUGAGGUUGACACAAGAGGAACUUUGGACCUGUCCCGCUGGUACCUGUGUGCUCAGCACCUGCCUGGAGCCGUGCUGAGGGAGCUGCCAGCGACCUGCUCCCUCCUCCUGCUGUUACAAAUAUCUCAGAGGGC